CUCGAGUGAUGAGUGAUAUCCUUUCCUUGUUCUUAUUAAAGUACCCAUCUUUAAUGGCGAGAGGAUUUAGUAAAGAAAUCUUGUAUUAACGUGCGCAGAUCCGUCUAGUGCGCAUUGUAGCUUAAUCCAUAUUCUUGCAAAAAGGGUUUGCUGUUGGUGGUCCAUUUUGUUUGUUUGUCCUCUUCAACAGUACCUAAUUCUUUUCCUCUUAUCCUACUCGGUUUUUAUAGUAGGUUUAUAAACAGAUCCAUUUUGGGAUUUUCUUGGGUUUUCCAUUUACAAAUUCAAGAUUUGAAGCAAAAGCAAGAAACGAGAAGGAAGAUAGUGGGGUUUGUUGCAGGAAGCUUCAGAUCUUGUUGUUGUUGUAGUUGUUGUUGGUGAAUUUGAAGUUGAAUUUUAAAAGGGUUUUUUUUUCUGGUUUGUUUGUUGGUGUAGAGAAACAAACAAGAAAAAUGGAAAGAGACCCACAAAAUUUCUUUAUGAUAUUCGUAAUGGGUUCUCUUUUUCUGACUUGAUAAACACUAAAAGAACUCAUCUUCUUCUCGUUCUUUCUUUUUCUUCUGUGUUCGAACUUCGAAAGGUGUUUUCUUCUUCUGUUUCUGGUUCUUCUUUUGAGGGUAAAAAGGGGAUUAAAGCAAAAUGUUGGCAGUGAGUCCUUCUAGUGUUCGUACAGCCACUACUUGCAAUACUUUACUUCGGGAACUUCAGCAAAUAUGGAUGGACAUAGGCGAGAAUGAAACCGAAAAAGACAGAAUGUUAAUGGAAUUGGAAAGAGAAUGUUUAGAAGUUUAUAAAAGAAAAGUCGAUGAAGCUGCAAAUGCAAAAGCCCGCCUUCAUCAGUCGGUGGCAGCCAAAGAAGCGGAACUCGCCACCCUAAUCGCCGCCCUGGGUGACCUCAACACUUAUUUUCCGCUAAACAUGGAAAACAAAUCAUCAUCAUUGAAAGCUCAACUUGCAAUGGUGACACCAUUGGUAGAGGAUUUAAAACUCAAAAAAGAAGAAAGAAUCAAACAAUUUGCAGAAAUAAAAGGUCAAAUUGAAAAAAUCAACAGUGAAAUUUCGGGAUAUACACAAUUUACAGACGCAAUUAACUCACUAACUCUCGAAGAACAAGACUUAUCUCUUAGAAAAUUUGGUGAAUACCAAUCUCAUCUUCGUACUCUACAAAAGGAAAAGUCAGAACGACUCCAUAAAGUUUUGGCCCAUGUAAACGAAGUCCAUUCCACGUGUCGUGUUCUUGGAUUGGAUUUCGGGAAAACCAUUAGCGAUGUUCAUCCAAGCUUACAUGGAACAAGUCCAGAACAAGCAACAAACAUAAGCGAUACCACAUUAGAAGGUCUUGAAAACGCGAUUCUUAAAUUGAAAACAGAGAAAAAAGUCCGAUUUCAGAAGCUUAAAGAUAUCGCUGGAUUGUUAUUCGAACUAUGGCAUAUAAUGGAUUCAACGAGGGAAGAAAAAAGUUACUUUUUGAGAAUUACAUCGGUGAUUAGAUUACCAGAAGCAGAAAUCAUCGAACCAAAUGCUCUUUCAUUGGAUGUUAUUCAACAGGCUUCACAAGAAGUUGAGAGGUUAAGUAAACUGAAAGCAAGUCGAAUGAAAGAAUUGGUCAUGAAAAGAAGAUCUGAAUUAGAAGAUAUAUGUUUCAAGACUCAUAUCGAACCUGAUCCAAGUACAGCUAUUGAUAAAUCUAAUGCAAUGAUUGAUUCUGGUUUGGUGGACCCCAGUGAACUUUUGGCAAACAUUGAAGCACAAAUUGGUAAAGUAAAGGCUGAAGCUUUGAGUCGAAAGGAAAUCAUGGAUAGAAUAGAAAGGUGGCUUUCUGCUUGUGAAGAGGAAAAUUGGCUUGAAGAUUAUAAUCUAGAUCAAAAUCGGUAUAGUGCAGGAAGAGGAGUUCAUCUAAGUUUAAAACGUGCAGAAAGGGCUCGAAUUACUGUUAACAAGAUUCCAGCCAUGGUUGAUAAUCUAAUAUGCAAAACGGUUACAUGGGAAGAUGAGAAAAAGAAGUUGUUUCUUUAUGAUGGGGCGCGUUUGGUGACAAUCUUGGAGGAAUAUAAACUAUCAAGACUACAAAAAGAAGAGGAAAAGAAGCGAUCAAGGGACCAAAAGCGCCUCCAAGACUUGCUACUAACGGAAAGAGAAUCCAUAUACGGGUCGAAACCUAGUCCAAGAAGAGCAAGUAGUUUUCGCAUGUCCGGAAACGGAUACCGGAAUGGAAACGGAUCAAUGACUCCAACUCCAAGAAGAAGCUCCGUGGGAAGUCCAACAAUGGAACCCAUGACUCCGAGAAGAUACAAUAUCGUUUUCUUCUGUAUAUGGAUCCGAACCCGGGUCCCCACUUCAGAGCUAAAUCUUGAAAUCAUUUUAAUCGGAGGGUUUAAUGUGUUGAUGUGA